GUAACUCUGAUCGGAUUUAACAUAACCCGCGUUAACUUUAACUGAGAAUGGGGUGUCUCCCGAAUUUGAAAUAAGACAAUUUCGUUUAUUGUGGGUUCAUCUGAUUAUUUCGAGUGUAUUCUCAAAGAACUGCUGAUAAAGCGAAUGAAUCACUCAAGUACCCAGAAAUAUGUUUAUUGUUCGACUGCUGCUCAGUCUUCUGCUGGGCGCAGUCUCCGCCUUGGAAGCUAAUUAUUUCCAGGAUGUCUGCCCGGAAUCUUACUGCAGUCUUCCGGAAAUGAAAACAGAAUACGCCGCAAACCAAGCUCCCAACAUUAUGGAACUUCAUCUGGGCUACUGCCGGGAGCUGGAGGUGCUUCGGUGUACACCAAAUCUUCGCAUCCUGUCAUUAAGCAACUGCCUUGGUGAUCCCUUUGCCAAGGAGGACAUCCAGCUGACAUACAAGCUCAACAUGUUGCACUUGCGGCGCAGUAAUAUCUCCGAACUACACGAAAACCAGUUCUCUGUCAUGUACCGGCUGGAAAUCCUAGAAUUGGGGGGGAACUCCAUCGAAAGGUUGGCCAAUGGAACCUUCCGGGAACUGACACGUCUGGAGAUGCUGGGGCUACAGGGAAACUUGAUCAAGUCUUUGCCGGAGGAUGUCUUUCAUCCCCUCGAGAAUCUCAGAAGCCUGGACCUGAGCGACAAUAAAAUCUCGAAUAUAACGAGAGACGUUUUUGCCCGGAAUCUAAACUUGCAAACGCUACUUCUCAGAGGAAAUCCCCUGACCCAGUUAGUCUUUCCGACCCCAGGAGCUCAAAGCCUUUUUCAGCUCCUCGAUCUCAGUCGCUGCCGACAGCUGAAGGAGCUGGUGUUGCACUCCCACGUGGACACCCUUAUCCUGGAGGAGAGUGGAGUGGAGAGUUUGCAGGUUACAGCCAACAAAAGCCUUCUAAGGCUGCAAGCGGCCAACAGCAAGUUAAGCCAUCUGAGCCUGGGUGAUCCCAUUUCGCUGAUAGAACUGGACCUGCGGGGAACUCUCUUGGUGUGGAGAAAUAUUAGCAAAGUUUUCUGCAACAGUAGGAGCCUUCAGAGGCUAGAUCUGUCGCAAAAUUCGAUCGAAUCUCUUCCGCUGUCUUAUAACAAUGUCUCGCGAGACUUGUGCCUGCUGCCCAGCCUCAGGUUCCUCAAUCUGUCCAGCAAUCAAUUGGUUAGUCUGCAGCUGGAGUCCUCGUUUUUUGGACCUCGGCUUGCAGUCCUGGACCUAUCACAUAAUAAACUGGAAAGCUUUUCACCGGAAGCCCUUGAUGGGGCCCACGAUCUUCGUAGCCUGUUCUUGGAGAAUAAUAAUCUGACCACUUUUAACUAUCGUUCCUUAUACGAAAAGCACAAUAACCUCAAGACAGUAGCUCUCUUCGGAAAUAAAUUUAGUUCCGAGUUUUACAAUGAGAUGAUUGAAUACUUCCAUUUCAAGGAUGUGAACUUGAUAGAGAAAGACUUUCCAAGAAAAUCCGAGGCCAAACAGCACGAGUGGAGCGUGUACGAUAUCCUCAUCGUAAUUUUCCUUCUUGGAGUCCUGGCAUAUGCGAGGAUGUAUCUCUAUAAAAGAGGAGGAGCCAACUGCUGUUUCGGAUGCAAGUGGGGGCAGAGAACAGAGGACAACUCCGAGAGCAGGGUCAGGUUCCUCUUCCGACCAGAGUCGGAAACAUAAACCUUUUAAUUUAACUUUAAUAUACGUAUGUACUU